AUGAAUAUAUUUAUCCUUUUGAGUAUUAUCAUGCUCAUGCCUCUCUGUUUGGCUCAAGAUAUAAGUGUAGAAAAACUUCUUGCAUAUAAUUAAUGGUCAAGCUAACAUCAAAGAGUUUAUCUGAAUGAAAAUGAAAAACUAUUUAGAUAAAUGGUUUUCUUUGAGAACUUGUCAAAGAUUUAGGAACAUAACAGCGAUCCUAAUAACACCUAUUCUAUCCAUUUAAACUAGUUUUCAGAUAUGACUAAAGAAGAGUUUGCUGAAAAAAUUCUUAUGAAAUAGGAUUUGGUUGAUCAUUUAAUGAAAGGAAUCAGUUAAGAAGCAACUCAUAAUGAUGUUAAUAAAGAAAUUUAAUUGAAUUCAAAAAGCCUUACUUUAGCUGCUUCAAUAGACUGGAGAACAAAAGGUGCUGUAACAUCGGUUAAAUACUAAGGUAUCUGUGGUUCAUGCUGGAGUUUCUCUGCAGCUGGCUUAAUGGAGUCAUUUAACUUCAUUUAAAACAAAGCUUUAGUUAAUUUUUCUGAAUAAUAACUUGUUGAUUGUGUCAACCCUGCAAAUGGUUACUCCUCUUAAGGAUGUAAUGGAGGAUGGCCUGCUUAAUGUCUGGAUUAUGCCUCUAAAGUAGGUAUCACUACCCUAGAAAAAUAUUACUAUAUUGGAGUUUAGUAAAACUGUAAUGUGACUGGUACAAAUAAUGGCUUUAAGCCUAAAUAGUGGAUUUAUAUUCGCAACACUUCAAAUGACUUAUAAAGUGCUUUGAAUUUCUCUCCUGUUUCUGUUCUUGUUGACGCUUCCAAUUGGCAUAAUUAUAGAUCUGGAAUUUUCAACGGAUGUGAUUAAUCUCAUAUUAAACUUAAUCAUGCUGUAUUAGCUGUUGGCUAUGACUAACAAGGAAACUGGAUUAUUAAAAAUUCUUGGAGCGCCCAUUGGGGUGAAAAUGGCUAUAUGAGACUUGCUCCUAACAACACAUGCGGUAUCUUAAGCUCUAAUCUUUAAGUUACUGCUUGA